AUGGAGGGGCGCGAAUGGACGAAACAGUAUUACCAGGGCGUCAGUAUAAGUGAUCUGCACGGGAUGGGCUGUGGCUUCUGCAAUCUUAGCACCCCGCGAGUCCCCUUCUCGUCGCCAUUCACCUGCGAUGGCCGCAUCGAGGUCAUGUCUGGCAGUGAGGGGCCCGGCGACGGGUCGAUACGUCUCUGUGGACCCAAGGACUACUUUGACAAAAGCGAGGAUGGUAUUUGGGAUGCAAUCUUCUUGAUUCCAUUUAAACAUAUUGCCAAGUCAGCUUCAAAGGAAGCGGCGUAUGAAGUUGUCAUCAUACCGACUGGGGCAACAGGCGCAUCUUCGAUCAAACGGGAGUAUCCGAAGAUCAUAUCGUUCAUUUGGCCUGAAAAGAAGGCAGACGAGGAGCUCGGUGGCGUUCUCGUAAAGGACGAAAAGGGUACAUAUGUCGAUGUUCUCAAGAAAGUGUUCAACGAGCAGCUUGAAGCCUUUGACAAGUCAGUGAUUGACAUAACAGAGAACACUGAUGCGAAACUCACCGGAGUGGAAUGUGUUGUUUCACCGCCAAUGGGGUCGAACAUCGAAUCCAAUAUCGACAGUUUCGUUCACUUCCUGGACCAAGGAAUUCUCUUCACCUCUGAGCUCCACAGAAUCUUUCUGCCGUUCAAAUCACUCGAUCGCGGUAUGCUUAUCCAUGCUAAAGAUAGCAAGGGCAAAGUCGUUGGUCUCGACGUGGUCUGCAACGCAACAGAACCAUUCUACGAGGACAAGGAAGAAGAGAGUGGCGGAACAACUAUGAUCAAGUUUGGGCAGAUCGAUGAUGCUCUUUUGAAAGAUUUGAAAAAGUACAUGGAGGAGCACGAUUUGCAAGUCAUGGUGUGUGAGCAGUCAUUCUAUGACUACAAAAAGGGCGAAGCAAUGACCGGGUUCAUGCCUAUGAUGGGGGUCUGA